ACACCUAUUUACAUCUCGGGCAGAGCAUUUCACAUUUUACUUCUUCAAAAUAAGUCGAGACAGGCCUUGGUUCAUUAGCGGUCGGAGAAGGAGCAUGUUAUAAAACUACACAGGCUGACUCGGGCAGUGGACCGUAAACACCUUGCUAUUUCAGAGGCGGCCGCACACCACUUUCUGCCCCAGGCUGCGGCUCGAUCUUCCUGGGUUGCUCCCUGGACGCCUCUCCCAUGAGCGGUGCCGUUCCCGGAAGUAUCUGCGGAGGCUCCACGUCUGCCCCAGAUUUCCCCAGCCCAGCCUGUUUGCCCCCAGCAGCCUGCUUCACUCAACCCAGAUCAGGAUUUAUUGAACGACUUUUGUCUGUGAAUUGGUUUGUAUUCAAUUCCAAGUUUUAAACUGCGAGUUACAUAACUCCUGUUUACCCAGUAUGAACAUCAUCGCGAUUAACUCGAGGAUAUAAAUCUAAAUGGAAACUGCAUGUUGAUGGAAGUGGGGAUGGUGUCCAGAUUGUUUCUGAUAUCCCCCCACAAGAAGAUGAGCCAAUUCCACUGGCAGCUCUGUCUGGGGUGGUUGAUGAUCCUGAUGCCAGCAUCUUUACACAGUGCAAUUACGACACAAACAACCUCCAUUUUGAAAUCUUCAACAGACAGACAGCAAAAAGAUCUCAUUAGAUUUACUAAUGCAACUGACAUGGUAGUAGCUGACUACAAACUUUCCAUUGAAUAUUUGUGCUCUGAGCCAAGUACUAUUCAUUUCGAGGUGAUAGUUUCAACUGAUGUUAAAAGUGGAACCGUCAUUUCCAGGAAAAGAUGGAAAUGUGAGAAACGUCUUAACACCUUGAGAAUUCGGACUCUGUGGGUGAAAUUUCCAAACAUCAUGUUAUACAGACCUGAUUAUGUGCUUCGACAUUCUAUUGUCAUCAGCUAUGUAAUGUUAAGAGCUUGGAUUAUAAAUAAUGGUUUUGGAGCUCGUGAGAGUCACAAUCUGUUUGUUUAUGAACAAGCUACAACAAGAACCUACAAGUUUCUGAAGACAUUAAGUCCUUUUGAAAGGCCUUAUAAAGAUCAUAAAGAAUGCCUUCAGUGGGACACAGAGAAGAUACGGGCAAUUAAAGAAAGGAAAGUACUCCAGUGUUUGCUUGACAGUGAUAUUGUUGAACUACUUCGUUUUCCAUUUGCAUCAUCUGGUUUGAAUUUUGGCCUAAUAAGGAAACUAAAAAAAUUUACUAACUUUGAAAUGGAAGUGGCAAGUAAAGAUCUUCUUAAUAAUCCAAGGUUCACUGUGUCCAUCUGGCUUUUUGUGCUUCAUGAUUGUAAAUGGCCUCUCUGUGGGAUCUUUCAUCACAUCAAUGACAAACAGAUCUAUGCCACCCCAUUGCUGUUUCUAACUCAAGAUGGUAAUAUUCACUUUCAGAUGAUGCUGUCCUCAGGAAUGUAUGUUGCAGGAAAGUCAAAUUUCAAAUUGUCAUUGAGACAAUGGUGUCGAUUGGAUUUCACCUUACAUGACAGAACGAUGAUUUUGUCAGUCAGCUAUGGCGAAAAUCUGCAAGACAGAGAAGAUGCAUUUUAUAUCUAUCCUGAAGAUGUUCAUCACAACGAUUCAGUUGGAUACUAUGUGCUUGGAGGCAGCAAUCAUGUACGUGGUUUUGAAGGAUUCAUUGGCCCUGUGAAGUUAUACCGACUAGUCACCCUAACAAGUGAAAAGAUUUCAAAUCCUCUUGUAACUGAUCAUGAAAUCCAUAAACAUAUUGAACAGUACUAUAAGAAAUGCAAAUAUCUCACUACACUUAUCAUGAAGUAUUUCCAUAGCCUUGGAUUGCACAAAAAGUUACAGCAUUUGAAUCAGAACAGCAAUUAUUAUUUAGAGUUGGUCACAAAAUAUGGACCAAAAAACUAUGAUGAAGAAAAAUGUACAGCAUAUCCUUGGGGGAAAAGAACUGAGAAGAAAUACAAGACUUUAUUUGAUCUACUUCAGACAAUGGCUUCAGAGCCACUUUUAGACUUCACUCAUUCACCAAAUCUACAAUCUACACUCAUUAAAGUUGGCGAGAAACUUUUUCAGAAGACAAUGGAGAUUCUUGUUCGUCCAGGGAGUGCCCAGCAGAUUGACCACCUGAUCACUUCACUCAUGAAGGCUAGCUGCUGUGGUUACUACAGAGCAGCCUACUUCCUGGCUGUCAUUUUUGAGACUGGCCUAAGUGUGGACAAACAACCAUUACAGGGCUUGCUGUACAGUCUGGUUGCUGCACAAGGAAAUGAGAGACUUGCCUUAAUGCAUCUUGGAUAUAAGCAUUAUCAAGGUGUUGAUGGUUACCCCUUGGACUACGAUAUGUCGUAUGGUUACUACUCAAACAUUGCAAAACACACUGUUCAUGAACGGCAUGUAUUUGAUGGAGAACAGGCUUUUGUUGAAACAAUACGGCUAAUGGAUGAUUCAGCUUUACAGAGUCAAACUAAAGAAAAUGAUGACCUCUUUUUAUGGCUCAGGUACCAGGCGAAUCAUGGGGAUGCAUUUGCUCAGCAAAAACUCGCGAGAAUGCUUUACUGGGGACAGCAAGGUGUCACACGUGAUGUGAAAGCUGCUUUGGAAUGGUAUUCUAGAAGUGCAGAAGAGACAAGAGACCCAUUAUCAUUGUACGAGUAUGGACUUUUUCUUUUCAAGGGCAGAGGAGUGAAAAAAAAUACAAAAUUAGGCUUAAAACUGAUCAAUGAAGCUGCUUCUAAGGGAUCACAUGAAGCGCUGAAUGGUUUGGGAUGGUACUAUGAAACCUUUAAGAAGGACUACGUGAAAGCUGUGGAGUACUGGGAGCAAGCAAUGAAAAUGGGAAAUCUGGAUGCGUCACAUAAUCUUGGAGUGAUGUAUGAAGCUGGACUGUACCCAGGCAAACCUGUGAAAAACGAGACAGAAGCAUUUCAAUAUUACUAUAAAGCUGGAUCUGGUGGACACUUUGAAAGUAUAAUUCGCUGUUCCUUUUAUUGGAGUACAGGAAACUUUGAGUCUAUUCCACAUAACCCCAGAAUGGCAGUCCUUUGGGCCAGAUUUGUUGCUGAAAACAAUGGAUUUUUGGGUUAUUUCAUGAGAAAAGCUAUGGAUGCCUAUCUUCAGAAAUCCUGGAGUGAAGCUUUGCUGUAUUUCCUCGUGACAGCAGAAACAGGAAUUGAAACAUCACAGACAAAUGUUGCUUAUCUCUGUGAACAACACCCUGAUCUCACAAACAGCAGUGUUGAUUAUAUGUGGAGAUAUUAUAAUUUAUCAGCAUUUCAACAGACAACACAUCCUUUUGUUUUAAUAAAAAUGGGAGAUUACUACUAUUAUGGUCACAACAACCAUAAAAAAGAUAUCACGCAAGCAAUUGAGAUGUACACCUCUGCUGCUUUAUUGAAUUGUUCCCAAGCAUUUUAUAAUUUGGGUUCACUUGUAGAGGAGGGUGUCCACAUACCAGAAAAAAAUUUAGACCUUCUAAACAUGCGAACAGCAAAUCAUUCCAGCAACUCCUCAAUCCUGCUGGAAUUAUAUGGAAGGUGUAUCACUGUAGAUAUGGAAGAGGGUUUUGUCCCAUGCUCCAUGGCUUUGCUUUGUGUCCACCUGAAAAUCAUAUGGAGGAAUAUCUGCUCUGCAGCUUUCGUAUGUAUUCCACAAACAUGUGAUCAUACUUUAUGA